UAUAUAUACACGGGCCAGCACGGCCCCCCCGGCGAGACAGGCAGCACCGUCCACAUACUAGUGCCGCUGCAGAGCAGAGCCCCGUAUAAAGGGGAGCCCGAGGCGUAUUAGCAGACUAGGAACAGACAAAACACGGCACGGUCGGUCAUAGGCGGCUGAUUCGGGUCGGGCACUGGCUACAUGACCAGCCUCCUCGCCAAUAGGGUCACAACGCUCGUGCGCGCUCGCAUGGCCGCCGCGGGGAGGCCAUUGCGGAUCCCGCCGCGGGAGGAGGAGAAGCAGCGCGCGUCCCGGUGCCGCGGCAGGGGUCUGUGUUGUUCGGCGGCUUCUCCUCCAUCGAGGGUGGCGGCGGGGAAAGGGAUGGUGGUGAUCGUUGGCGCGACGGGCACCGGGAAGACGAAGCUGUCCAUCGACGCCGCGCGGGCGCUCGGCGGGGAGGUGGUGAACGCGGAUAAGAUCCAGCUCUACGCCGGCCUCGACGUCACCACCAACAAGGUGCGCCUCCAGGACCGACGCGGCGUCCCGCACCACCUCCUCGGUGCCAUCCGCCCCGAGGCCGGCGAGCUCCCGACGUCGUCCUUCCGCUCCCUCGCCGCCGCCACGGUCGCCUCGAUCGCGGCGAGGCGGCGCGUCCCCGUCGUCGCCGGUGGGUCCAACUCCCUCAUCCACGCCCUCCUCGCCCACCGCUUCGACGCCUCCGCCGCGGACCCCUUCUCUCGCGCCGCCGCGGAUCGCUACCGCCCGGAGCUCCGAGUCCCGUGCUGCCUUCUCUGGGUCGACGUCGAGGAUGCGCUCCUCGCGGAGUACCUUGACUGGCGCGUGGACGACAUGGUCGACGCGGGCAUGGUCGAGGAGCUCCGGGAGUACUUCGCCACGACCACCGCCCCCGAGCGCGCCGCGCACGCUGGGCUGGGCAAGGCCAUCGGCGUCCCCGAGCUCGGCGACUACUUCGCGGGGCGCAGGAGCUUCCGCGUCGCGAUCGACGACAUCAAGGCCAACACGCGGCACCUGGCCGCCGCGCAGGUGUCGAAGAUCCGCCGCAUGGCUGACUCCUGGGGCUGGCCCAUCCACCGCCUCGACGCCUCCGCCACCGUCCGCGCCCGCCUCGACGGCGCAGGCCCAGCCGCCGAGUCCGCCUCCUGGGUGCGCGACGUGCACGGCCCCGGCCUCGCCGCCAUCCGGAGCUUCCUCGGCGAUCCAACACCGCGCGACGACGACAUCAGCGCCGAUGAGAUUGAUGAGGAGUCGCUGCGGCUGCCGCGGAUGCAAUGCUGCGACGUGGUGGGGUGAGGUGCUGCUACUUUUUGGGCGGAGUUAUCAUGCUACGGCGCAAAGGGUGGGGGGCUUUUGGGUUCGAGGGUUUAGGCCCCGAUUUUUCAGGGUCCCGGCGGCGCCCUCUGCCGCUGGCCGGUGGGGUCAGAGAAGGGCACCGUCACAGAGAGGGGAGAGAAAGAAAGUCUGUAGUGUAGAGAGAGAGAGCCUAUAGUGUAGAGAGAGAGAGCCUGCAGUGUACUA